CGGCUUUCCCCACGGCGCCGACGCCGGGAAUGGAGUCCGCCUUUGAGCCGGUGGACUUUGCAGACCUCCAGGAACUGUUGGAAGGCGUUCAAAAUGGCACAGUGCAGGAUCCUGUGGCUUCAGCUUUGGAGCAGGGCGUUGCAGAGACGAAGAAAGUGUCUGACAGCAUCGACAGCCAACUGGAGCUUCUGGAGGAAGAGAGCGUGGGGGACUACGUGAAGAGUUUCGACUCCUUCCAGGAGCUUCACCAGGAAAUCGUGGCCACAGAUUCGUUGCUGGAGAAGAUGGAGCGAAUGCUGGUGACGUUUCAAUCAGAUCUGUCGAGCAUCUCAGAUGAGAUUCGCAUGUUGCAGGGUCAGUCCUUGCAGAUGAAUUUGAAACUGCAAAACCGGCGGGGCCUCCAGACGUUGAUGUCAGAGUAUGUCAGCUCAGUAGUAGUGAGCCCUCAGCUGGUGAGACAGAUUUGCGAGGAGGAAAUCAAUGAGGCUUAUUUGGGCUAUCUGUCGGAGCUGAACAAAAAGUUGGACCAUGUGAAACAGCAGGAGAUGCAAAAACUACCCUCCUGUGCCCAGAGUGCGCCAGAGCUCGAAAAGCUCCGAACGAAGGCAGUGGCACGCAUCAAGGAUUUCCUACUGCAGAAGGUGAAUUCCUUGAAGAAGCCAAAGACCAAUUUGCAGAUCUUGCAGCGCAACGUCUUGGUGCGAUUCAAAUCCAUGACGCAGUUUUUGGCCGAGCACCAUGGUGCUGUUGCGGAGGAGGUGAAAGCCCACUAUGUGGGCACCAUGAGUGCGGUCUAUUUGAAGCAGCAGUUGUCUCAGAAGGGCACCAGGUUGAAGAUGUUGAA